AUGCUCGCCUCUUCAAUGCCCGACCUUGUCUCGGUCCUUAUCCUUGCUCUCAUUCUCAUCAUCUCUCUUAAGGUCCUCGACUAUGCGCGACGUGUCGUCAUGUUCUGGAUUACGUUGGCGCUGCGAUUAGUCUGGUGGGGAUUCAUCCUCGGAGCCAUUUGGUACGCGUAUAAUGCUGGGUUAGAGAAGACCGGUCGCGAUCUAGGCUGGCUCUACGGGGUCGUGAAGGGAUUCGCGGAGAAGUUCCAGGAUGGGUUUGAGGGCGGUCAGAGAUCGUCGUCGGCUACUGGAGGUUGGGGAGGGUAUGCUUCUGGUCGGGAAUUUCAGGUUCCUAUGGGGAGAGGUUGA